AUGAUCUAUAUUCCUGCCAUCAUAUGUCUCUUUCUGGCCAUUUACCGAGUUCGACGCAAAGGUUCAUCCAAUCUCUCCCUUCCUCCUGGCCCCAAGGGCUUGCCGGUGCUAGGUAACCUGCUCGACCUCAACGGCAGUCAGCCAUGGGUUAGCUUCACUCAGUGGGCAUCGACACGCGGGAAUAUCAUCUACUGUAAGCUGUUCGGACGCCAAAUCAUUGUUCUGCAAUCGCAGGAAGUCGCCAAAGCACUGUUGGACCAUCGCUCUAGUAUUUAUUCUGACAGGCCACCGAUCUCUACCAUGAAGGCAAUUGGAUCUGAAUUUAAUAGUGCCCAGUUAAGGUAUUCCGAUGAAUGGAGAUUGCAUCGACGAAUUUUCCAUCAAUCAUUCCGUUCCGAGGCUGCAAAGGAUUACUUACCUAUUCAACUUCGCAAAGCUCGUCAGAUGUUGCAGGGCAUCAUAGAAACUCCUGAUCGCUACCAGCGCCACAUCGAACUUUUCGCCUCAUCUAUCAUAAUGUCUGCUGUAUACGAUUACGAGGCCCAGCGGAAUGACGACCCACUUUUACUUACCGCUGAAAAGGCGAUCAAGGUCUUUUUAGAGGUGGCAAGCCCCCAAACUUCAGCCAUUCUGGAGACAUUUCCGUUUCUGUUAAAACUGCCUUCUUGGUUCCCUGGAGCAAAUUUCAAAAGACUCGCUGUCCAAUCGCAAAAGAACGCUACCGCGAUGGUCGACAUCCCGUUCCGGUAUGCACGAGAACGUGUAAUGACCGCAACUUCGAAUCCGUGUAUGAUCUCGGAGUCAUAUAAGCGGAUAGAGACGCACGGUAAUGCGGAUGAAUUCGAGCUUGCAUUAAAGUCGUCUUCUGCUACAGCAUUCAUUGGUAUGCUGCAAUUCACUGCGUCAACGCUCACUGUCUUUGUUCUUGCUAUGAUGCUCUAUCCAGAUGUACAGAAACGUGCACAAACGGAGAUUGAGGCCGUUGGAGGCGCCGACUGGCUUCCUACCUUUGAAGAUCGAUCUUCGUUGCCGUAUGUAGAAGCAGUCUUACGUGAGACGCUUAGAUGGCAUCCUGUAUUCCCUCUUGGUUUGCCACAUUAUACUGCAGACAGCGACGUAUACAAUGAUCAUUACAUACCCAAAGGUGCAAUUGUUAUGGCAAAUAUCUGGGCCAUGUCACAAGACAAAGUUCGAUACCCGAAUCCUAAUGACUUCAAGCCGGAGAGGUUUUUCAUGGCUAAUGGACAACUGAACGACGACACUGUCGAAUUUCCUUUUGGCUUCGGGCGCCGAGUAUGUGUUGGGAGGUAUUUUGCCGAUGCUUCCUUGUGGAUUGCUAUGGUGUCUCUGCUAGCAACUUUCCGUUUUAUGAGACCAUUGGACAGUGAUGGCAAAGAAGUAGACCCUAUCUUUCAAUGGUCCACUGGAUUAAUUUCACACCCCGAAUCUCUCCCUUGCCGUGUCGUUCCCCGACACCGGGAUAUGACAGCAGACAAGCUCGCAGAUAUAAUCAACCUCAGCGCAUGA